CGAAUCGUGUUCUAGGACGAUAAAUACUGAUAGUAGGGAUUUAGUGAGAUGAGAGUAGGCCAAUAUACAUAUUAUAAUGGUUUUAUUAACUUGUGUCCUGCAUUCAAGAGAUGGUUACUACGGGGCGGAUCUCGUUUCUAGCGUGGUCUCCUGUGUCACCUCCGUGUUUUAUAGUCUUUCAGCUUUAUCACCAGAUUUUGCUCCGCAAAUCGCUAUCUUUCGCUCCGACCCCGUGGUAGGCUGCCACUGCUUGUACAGAUCGGCUGUGCCAGACUGUAACCACGCUGUAAAGGAUCCUCCAACACCUUAUAUGGCUUUUUCACCUACUUUCAAUUCGUAUGAGGCUCAGCAAAAACAGCAUUCGUCUGUAGAUGGGUCAAAUGAGGAUAUAUCCACUGUUUUUCGUAGUCGUUCGGCAUCAUUCUUGAGUGAGUGCAUAUUGCUUGGAACGCGAGCGUUGCCAUCGCGCAUGGAGGCUGGUUUCAAGACGGCUGACGUGUGGAGCAGUCUCGCAGGCGGUCUUUUGACAUCUCUUGCCUUCCUUAACAAACACAAGCUUGAAAACUAUCAACCAUCAAGAAGGAAUCCCAUCAAGUCUGGUAACUCUGUCGUGCUUUCUGCCGCGCAUUCCAUACUUUUAGUGUUCAGCGACUGCACAGAAUCUUCAGAGGUAACUUACAACACAGAGUGUGCUAUGGCAGUGGCCGCUGUGACAGCAAUGAGGCUUAAUACAAUAGUGUUUACAUUUGGGAAGGUUGCAUCUGGAGAGCAGGCUGACCUACCAGGAAGUAGUCGGAUUCGGGCUUUCACAAUAAGCACGGGGGGGUUCUGCGCCGAGCGUUUCCAUCCCUCACUCAUUGGUGAGAUGUUAGAUAAAUCGUUUGCUAUGGUCUUCUGUGAAGGACCGAUUCACGAUAUAGGGGAUGGGCCUGAUCUCCCGGAUUCAUUACGAGGGCGGAGAGACCAAUUGGCAGAGGCGUACAUUGUAGCACCGUCUACGAUGCCGCAGGGUCCGUCCUGUGGGCUGAAUGGAACAUCAUCGAUGACUUCUUCACAUCUCGCGUGGCUUUGCCCUCGAUGCAUGACUGUUACACAACGUGACUUAGGGGAAGGCAUUUCCGCCAACACUAAUUUUUUUAUUGACGAAAAUGAUGACAGAGUGGUUUUUUGUCGGUACUGUGAUAAACUAUAGUAUCGAUAUGACAUGAUUCUAACUAGGCAAGACAAUAAUGUAGCCUAUUCACAUCAUUAAUUUAUUGAUUUUGACAGUGUUCGUUAAUGAUGUGCUUCUGUCCAUUCCUAAUGCAUA